AUGUAUGAUAUAAAAAUUAUAUCAUUAGAAACUCUUUUCACAUACAAAUGCAAUGGUAUGCUUUGUGUAAGAUGCAUCAUAUAUUACUGUGCUAACCAGUGGCCAAAUUUAACCUCGAAAAACCUAUUAGGCCCUACUUGUAAUUUAUACGUGCUUCACACAUUAGAUUAUUUUGUGCUCAGGCCCAAGAGGCACAAUAUCCUAUGCGGUGGUGGUGCUGGCGCUGGAGCUGGUGCGUGCUCGUCGGCCGCCACGCCACUCCCGCUUCCGCCAGGCCCCGUGCCGUGGCCGGUGGUCGGCAACCUUCCUGAGAUGAUGCUCAACAAGCCUGCGUUCCGGUGGAUCCACCACAUGAUGAAAGAAAUGGGCACCGAUAUCGCCUGCGUCCACCUCGGCAGCGUCCACGUCGUCUCCAUCACCUGCCCCAAGAUCGCCCGCGAGGUGCUCAAGAAGCAGGACGCCAACUUCGCCUCCCGCCCACUCACCUUCGCCUCCGCCACCUUCAGCGGCGGCUACCGGAACGCCGUGCUCUCCCCCUUCGGCGACCAGUGGAAGAAGAUGCGCCGCGUGCUCACCUCCGAAAUCGUCUGCCCGUCGCGCCACAGGUGGCUGCACGACCGCCGCGCCGACGAGGCCGACAACCUCACCCGCUACGUCCACAACCUCAUCACCAAGGGGUCAUUGUCGUCGUCGUCGUCAGGCGGCGCCACGGUGGACGUCAGGCAUGUUUCUAGGCACUACUGUGGCAACGUCAUCCGCCGGCUCCUCUUCGGCAGCCGGUACUUUGGCGAGCCCCGGCUGCACGACGACGGCGGGCCGGGGCCGUUGGAGGUGGAGCACAUGGACGCCAUGUUCACCUCCCUUGGGCUCCUCUACGCGUUCUGCGUCUCCGACUACCUCCCCUGGCUGCGCGGCCUCGACCUCGACGGACACGAGAAGAUGGUCAAGGAGGCCAACGCCACCAUCAACCGGCUGCACGACACGGUCAUCGACGAGCGCUGGAGGCGGUGGAAGUCCGGCGAGAGGAAAGACAUCGACGAUUUCUUGGACGUGCUCAUCACGCUCAAGGACUCUGACGGCAACCCGCUGCUCACCCUCGAGGAGGUCAAAGCGCAGUCCCAGGACAUAACAUUUGCGGCGGUGGACAACCCAUCGAAUGCCAUCGAGUGGGCCUUGGCAGAGAUGGCGAAUGCGCCAGAGGUGAUGGCAAAGGCAGUGGAAGAGAUGGACCGUGUGGUGGGUCGGGAGCGGCUGGUGCAGGAGUCUGACAUCCCACAGCUCAUCUACGCCAAGGCAUGUGUCCGUGAGGCAUUCCGGUUGCACCCCGUGGCACCCUUCAACGUGCCACAUGUUGCGCUCUCUGACACCACGGUCGCUGGCUACCGCGUGCCCAAGGGAAGCCAUGUUAUCCUCAGCCGCAUAGGGCUCGGUCGAAACCCUGCGGUUUGGGAUGAGCCGCUCCGCUUCAAGCCAGAGCGUCACAUCAAUAUGGCCGCUGGCAUUGAUGGUGGUGUGGCACUCACUGAGAAUGAGCUGAGGUUCAUCUCCUUUAGCACCGGCCGUCGCGGGUGUGUAGCUGCAUCGCUUGGGACGGCUAUGUGCAUAAUGCUCUUCAGCAGGCUCAUACAUGGGUUCACUUGGAGCAAGCCAACGGGCGUGGCAGCAAUCGAUCUCAGUGAGGCGAAGCACGACGUCUUUCUAGCCAAGUCGCUGGUGCUACAUGCUGAGUUGCGCCUGCCAGCAAACCUCUACCGUGCCACCACCAUCUAA